CUCGUCAUUCAAAAAAGUGAAAACCAGACGAUCGAUAAAGAACCGACUGCGGUAGAUACAAUAGGAUAUCCACCAUCAGUGUAACAGUUACAGAACCACACCCGUUAUUUUGCCAGUUUAAUAAUAUACUAUUCGACAGUGCGGCUGCGACGAAUCAAUUGAUUGUUUCUUUAAAAAGAAAUUUCUAGUUACAAAGUUACUUCGUCAUUGAAAAAAUUAAAGGCAGGCGAUAAAGAACUGACUGCGGCAGUUAAGGGAUAACACCAGCAGUGUUACAGUUACAGAACCACACCCGUGUUUUCGUCAUCUAUAUAGUAUAUUAUUGGACAGAGCAGCUGUGACAAUCCAUUGAUUGUUUCUGUAAAGAAAUAUCUGGUUACAAAAAUGACUUCGUCAUUUCAAAAAUGAAAGACAGGCGAUAAAGAACUGACUGCGGCAGAUACAGGAUAGCCACCAGCAGUGUUACAGUUACAGAACCACACCCGUGUUUUUGUCAUCUAUAUAGUAUAUUAUUGGACUGCGUGACUUGUUAGCCAUGAUACGAUCGAUCGCACUUCACAAUUUUGUUCAUUUUAAUCAGGAACAAAGACUUGUGUUUGAAGACGGUACUAAUUUUAUCAUCGGAGGCAAUUCGACUGGAAAAACUGCUGUUUUUGAAUUAAUUCGCCGAUGUUAUUCCAACAACAUUAAUACAUCAACAACUUCUGUGUUGAAUAAAAACGAAUUAGCGUAUGCUGUUUGUCAUUUCAAAAUACCUGAACGUUAUCCUUCAAUUAAUAUUGAUUGCAUGCAACAACCGAAAGAGAUCCUUGCAUGCAUUUUCGUCAGGAAUAGUAGAAAUGGCAAAGCAAAUGAAUUUGAAUAUUACAAAGUUAUCUCGUCAACAUCAAAUGGGCAGUCAUAUCAGACCUUCGUACAGAAAUGUAUUGGACUUUAUGGUUGUAGUACAGAGGAACUUGUACAAAUUGGAUGCAAAGAAGUAACACUGGAGACAUCUGUAUUAGAAAAAGUAAUCAAUAGUUACACCAAAAAAGAUGAAAAAGUAGACGAUAGUGUCAGCAAAAAAGAUGAAAAGGUACAGGAAAGUGGCAAUGAAACGGAUGAAAAAGUAAAGGAUAGGGGUAGCACAAAAGAUGAAAAGGUAGAGAAUUGUGACAGCACAAAAGAUGAAAAGGAGAAGAAUAGUGCCAGCACAAACGAUGGAAAGAUCAAUGAUAGUGGCAGCACAAAAGAUGAAAAGAUAAAGGAUAUUGACAGCAAAAAAGAUGAAAUACAUAAUUUCUUUGACAUGAUUCCGUACAAAUUUGAAUCUACCUCUCAAGAAGCCAUAAAAACCUUGAAUACACUGUAUGAUUGGUUGGAAAAGGGUUAUACUGGUAUAUUACCAAUGCGAUCAAUUGGUCCACUUCAAUGGACAAAGAGCAAGUAUAACAAGCAUGAAAAUAGAGAAUAUAAUUAUAAAAAGGCAUGCGACCGUGCAGAAAUUUUAUGGCAUCUUCUAGAUAACGAAAAGGUUGAUGAAAAGCUAGAGGCAAAAUUUUCUGAACAUAUUGUAUAUCCUUACAAAUUCAGUAAAGAUAAUGACAAAAUUCUAGUCAGUAAUUCUGAAAGACAAGAUUUGCCACCGAAGCCACUUUUGAAAACACCAGAAGGUAUAAUUGAAGCAAAGCAGUUGGCCCUAAUACUUUCACACACAGAAUACUCAACGAUAACUUUAGAGGAACCAGAUCAUGGUAUGCAUCCUCAUAUGAUAAAAAAAUUGCGGGACCUUAUUCUGAGACGUAUUUCGGGUAAAACCGUUCUAAUUAUAACCCACAAUCCUUCGUUGAUUGACAAAUGGGCCAUGUCAAGAACAUUUGUAUCGUCAAAAUCAAUUCGGAAUGAAACAAUCUGUCAUUCAAUCUGCAAAGUACCAAAAAAAUAUUAUAAGUUGUGUGAAAGUGAUCAUUCUGAAGAAAUGAAAAAUCUGCUUUUUUCGUCUCGCAUUCUUUUCGUAGAAGGUAAAACUGACAAAAUAAUUGUGGAGGCUAUAAUCCGUUUGCUUAUUCAUGAUGAUAAAAUUAAGAAGCACAGAAGAAUUUCGACUGAACAAAAACAUUUUCUUCUGGCAACUGAUAUUCGCGAACUCGCAGGUUGUAAGAAAGGACCUCAAAAGAAGAGAUUUUGCGAAGAGAUGGAAAAAGAAAUAUACCUUUUGUAUGAUGAAGACGCAAAAGACAAAAAAAUUGUAGACACAAAAAAGACAACCAUCGAUAAAGACACCAAAAUGAAAACUAGCAAUGAAGACACAAAGAAGAAAACAAGUAAUGAAGACGCCAAGAGGAAUACAAGUAAAAAGGACGCCAAAACGAAACUAAGUAAUGAAAACCCAAGAAGGAAAACACUAAAUGAAGACGCUAAAAAGAAAACAAGAAAUGAAGACGCCAAAAAGAAUAAUGGAAACGAAUCCACUUUUUAUUGGAAAAAUGGUGAUCUUGAACAAAGAUUCAUUGAUAUUCUUGAUGACUGUAAUGAGACAACAGUAGUCAAUGUAAUAAAUGAAAUAUUUCGUAUGUUUUGUGAAGAGAAAAAGGACGAAUAUAAUAGCAUAGACAACUAUUUAACAUAUCGAAAACAAAUCGAAGAGUUUGAAUUAAGAAUUCAGGCCUUCAAAACUCCAACAGGAAAUGAUCAAACGUGCGCGACAGCAGAAUUAAAAAAUUUAGAAAAAGAAAAGAACAAUGUACAGAAAAAAAUAAUAUGCAUAAAAGAAACAAUAAAAGAUAUAGUGAAGACAAGAAUUAUUCUAAAUGCUGAUUAUGAGUACAUUGAAACAAUUGCAGAAGCAUUAAUACAUCAUUCUAAAGAGAUUCCAGAAUUUAUUGACUUUUGCAGCAAUAACAGUUUGAAAAGCAAACACAACGAACCAGAAGUUAACGAAGUCUAUAACAUUGCAAUGCAAACUUUGCAGAGUAAAGAAGAAGACAGUAUAUCAUAUAUGAUCACCGGCCGGACACAAGAGUAAACCUUCUUGAGCACGACUUCAACGUUUUAUCGCUCUUUCUGAUAAUGUUAGUGUUUAAUUAGAUAUUUUUUUUAUUAAAAAGAUGUCUUAGA